AUGGGGGUUGUAGGGGCGCUGCUGGGGGUGCUGAGCUUCCUAAAGGUGGCUCUGGGAGACUCCCCUGCUCUCCGCUGGGACAGCACAUCCUGCCACUUGUCUGCGCCCACGCCCGGUGGCCCCCUGGGGUACCUGAGCUUCCUAGGCAAGGAUGCCCAGGGGCUGGCCCUGUUCCACGCCCGCUGGGAUGGGCGUGGGAAGCUGCAGGCGUGUAGCCGGCAAGAUGAGCGCGAGCUCACCACAGUCUUCCGUACCCUCUGUACGCAUGAGACCACUCGGGGCGCCUUCACACACACCCCUGGGCCGGAGUUGCAGAGAGUCCUGAACACCCUUCAGAGUCAGUGGGCUGCCUGCCGAGGGCCCGGGGAGCCGCCAGCAGAGGCCAGGAAGAAGCGAGCCGCCGGACAGAAUGGCGGGGGAUGCCACCGGGCCAAGAGAGGCUGGACCAUGCCUGGCACACUGUGGUGUGGCGUCGGGGACUCGGCCAGGAACUUCUCAGAGCUAGGUGAGCCCUGGGGUCCUGGGGUCUUCCAGGGCCCCGAUCUCUGCUGCCGGGAACACGACCGCUGCCCACAGAACAUCUCACCCUUCCAGUACAACUAUGGCAUCCGAAACUACCGCUUCCACACCAUUUCCCACUGCGACUGUGAUGCCAGGUUCCAGCAAUGCCUGCGGAACCAGCGUGACUCCAUCUCGGACAUCGUGGGUGUGGCCUUCUUCAACAUCAUGGAGAUCCCCUGCUUCGUCCUGGAACGGCAGGAGGCCUGUGUGGAGUGGUACUGGUGGGGCGGGUGUAGGACCUAUGGUUCAGCCCCCCUUGCCCGCCUCCAGCCCAGGACAUUCUACAAUGCCUCCUGGAGCUCCUCUCCGGGAGCCACCCCCCUGACUCCCAGUCCGGCCUCCAGCAAGGCCAGAAAAAAGCAACACCCUCAGAAGUGGUCACCACAGCUGGAAAGGCCCAAGCACCUCAGCAAAGUCAGCAGCACAACCCUGCGGGUGCCCCGUCCCGGCCUCCAGGGGCCACGGAACGGCCUAAAACCCAAAGCUGCUCACCAGGCUUGCCGUAGCUUCCGCCACCUGGACCUAUGUGAGCACAGGAUCGAGCCCCGGGAGACCAAGUUUCAGCUGCUCAACAGUGCCCACCAGCCCCUCUUCCAUUGCAAUUGCACACGUCGCCUGGCGCGCUUCCUGAGGCUCCACAGCCCACCAGUGGGCACCAACACACUUUGGGAACUGCCGGGCCAGAGCUGCUUCAAGCUGGCUCCUCCCCUGGACUGUGCUGAGGACAAAAGCUGUCCCGGAGGCCCUAGGGCCAUCCAAGUGUCUGCUCGACACUUACGGCGGCUUCAACAGAAGCGACUCCAGGUCUGGGAUGCAGGCCCGGAAGAGGGACAGGUAUGGCCUUCAGAGCACCCAGGAACCCCUGUGACAUUCUACAACCAGUGCCUGCAGCUGACCCAGGCAGCACAGAGCCCCACUGGGCAGCAGAAAGCCUGGACCCAGUGA